AUGGCGCUAACCGCGACUUUAUUUAAAUUAUUCAAAGGUUAUAGUUUUAGAACAACGGAAAUAUCAUCACGAUUUUGUAGUACCUUACAACAUGCAAACAAUACUAACAGUAUACUGGCGGAUAAAGGCAAAACCAAAGUGGAAGCAUUAAGUCCUGCUGUUGAAGAUUUGUCUACCAUAACACCCUACUUUUCGAAUACUUUUAAUUUGGCAGCCUAUAUUAAUCAAUCUAAGACACUGAAAAAUUUAGUUGACUUAAAUGUUAAUAUUAGUAAAAUCGAAAAGAAACCAUAUAUUGUUGAACGAUUUUUAAAAUUAGAUUUCGAAAAGGAUAUGAAGAACCAUAUAAUAUUUCUCAAUAACUAUAUUGAUAUGGAAGACAUGGGAAAUUUCUUAACCAAAAAUCCAAUGAUACUUUGUGAACCAUUGGAAGAUCUUCAAGUAAGAGUUAAUUAUUUGCACUCAAAAGAUUUUGAGGAAAAUCAAAUUCAAAGGAUAGUUAUGAACAAUCCAUUCUGGUUGAUGUUUAAUAGCUCAGAAUAUGAAGUCAUAAUAUGGUGUCUUUAUACUUUGUAA